GCUCUUCUUUGGAGCUGUUCUUUGAGAAGGUCAGCAAAAAUGGCGGACGAAGGUGGAGAUAUGGACGUAGAUCAACCCGCUCAGGCAUCCACUGCAGCCCCUGCUACCAAGAAACGCUUUGAAGUAAAGAAGUGGAACGCUGUUGCUCUAUGGGCUUGGGAUAUUGUAGUCGAUAAUUGCGCUAUUUGUAGAAAUCACAUCAUGGACUUGUGUAUUGAAUGUCAAGCAAAUCAAGCAUCAGCCACAAGUGAAGAGUGCACAGUAGCCUGGGGCGUAUGUAAUCAUGCUUUUCAUUUUCACUGCAUUUCAAGAUGGCUUAAAACAAGACAAGUUUGUCCUUUAGACAACAGAGAAUGGGAGUUCCAAAAGUAUGGUCGUUGAAACUUUAAAAUGAAAGUUGAAGCUGUUGUAAAGUAUUAAUAUGUACAACUUUUAUGUUCAUGUGAAAUAAAUUUUUUUCGUGACUGUUAAACCUUAAA